AUGACUGGAGAAGCCCCAGAAACUGUCUGUCCAAAUUGUGAAACGGACAAGACCUUCUUCGAGAAACAAUUGCGACGGCUUCGUCUUCGGCUGGAACAAGCACACCUCCAUAUAUCUGACCUAGAAAAGGAAAACGCUGCACUUCGAGAGACGGUCAGAGUCGCAAAGUGGCACGGCUAUCCGAGCACACGCCCUCGACAACGCCCUCCGAGCCUUCCAUAUGAGCUCUGGCGUCAAAUAUUUUGUAUGGUCACACACAUUGACGGACUUGCGUUUUCGGUUCCCAACGGGGGAGGAUCAGGACGAGAAUGGCGAAUAUCGUCUCUUGCUCGACGUUCAAUCCCACUCGUCUGUAAACAUUGGUACUCUAUCGGCCUCGAACUCCUCUUUGAGCGGAUUGUUCUCGUCGAUAGUAGACAAAUAACGCGCCUCAUCGAGACACUUUUAGAGCAUCGCUCUAGCCGGCGUGCGUCUUGGAUAAUCGGACUGGAACUCGUUUCAGCCAUCGACCCAUCAAACGAGCCCAUACUACUCGAGUUGAUGCAUAGUCUCAUCAGCUUACUCCCCUACGACCAACUCUCCCUCUUUGGCGUUGAGAUGCUCCACGUCGAAAACAUUCCCGCAAGAGAAAACUUGACGCGCAUGAUUCGCAGGCUCUUUCGUCGGCAGAGAGCUAUACAAGUAUUACAUAUCCCUACCAUUAACCGGUACAUGCGCAUUGAAAACAUAUUUGAUAAAGAGAAUCUCCUGGAUGAUGAUUCAGGCCCAUUAUUCCCAAACUUGCACACCCUCUCACUCAUCGACGGAAGGUGGAGCAAUCCAAUGCCACGGCUGCAGCCAGUCGGUUCUCUCCGUUCCCUCCAUCAAUUCUCCUCUUCCCUUCGUACUCUGUUUGUUGACUGGGAUAAGAUGCCGGUCACCCUCGAGGAGGUUACCUUCUUCCUGGUCGGACUGAAUUCGUUGACCUACCUCCAUAUUGGUCAAGGAGCUUUUCGGUACUUUAUGGUCGACUUUUUCGAAUUCUGUCUCUCCUCACUACAGAGCCUUCAGACACUUAGUCUGUCAGCAUACUGUUUGCCGUGGCCAGACAUGCCCGAUCCGACACCAAAACUCAAAGCAUCGCACCCCUCACUGCGAGAGGUACGAAUGCGGUUAGAAUAUUCGAAUAGCCACAAGAACAUCACCGACUUUGUCCCGUUGUUCAAGAAGAUUGAACUGGGACAGCUGCCGGUAUUGGAGAGGGUUGUCUUAGUGUCGAACCAGUAUCCAGAAGGAUGUAUCGAUGCGUUUCGCAUCCUUUCGGCCAAGUACAAGCGGCACUGGAGACAUGCGAUCUCAGUCUGUAGGAAGGCAAGGGUCGCAUUCGUGUCGCAGAAGGGGGAAGAGAUUGGAUUGUGGGCGGAUCGGCACGAUAUACCGGCUGCGAGGCACGAGGGGACCUCGCAAGAGUCUGGAGAAGAUAACGAAGGAAACAUAGAAGACGCUCAUGAUUCAGAAAGCGAGGAGGAACAGAGCGAGGAUGAAGAUGUCGUGUGGUAUGAAGUGGAUGAGGAUGAGCCAUCGCACCUGACCGAGUCUGUUCACGAAGGCAGCGCAAUCUCCAACGAUUCCGAGGACGCGGCAUAUGAGUACGAGUAUCAGCCCGACCUUGAUUAUGACGACCCGGACGAGUCGGAUGCAGAAAGUUUCGCAUCGGACGUCUAG